CCAUUAUUUUGACAAUGAAAGUUGACGUGUGUGUGUGUGUGUGUGUGUGUGUGCAGCUGUGCUCGGAGCGUCGUCCCGUCAGACACUACUGGUUCACCUCUUGGCCUGACCACCACAUCCCACAAUGCACCACUCCUCUGCUGAGACUGGUGGAGGAGGUGGAGACGUACAGAAAGUCCCUCCUCCCGACCGGCUCUCAGCCAAUCACAGGCCCCGUCCUCGGUCCCGGACCAAUCGUCGUCCACUGCAGUGCAGGUAUCGGGAGGACGGGCUGUUUCAUCGUCAGCAGUAUCGGCUGUCAGCAGCUCAGAGACGGCGGAGAAGUCGACAUCCUGGAGACGGUUUGUCAGCUCCGACUGGACAGGGGGGGGAUGAUCCAGACCACAGAGCAGUACCAGUUCCUCUACUCCACACUGGCCCAGUACAGCUCCCAGUUACAACACAGCCAGGAGCAGAACCAGAACCCAGAAGACCAAGUCAGCAUCCAGCUACAGAACCUUCAGCUGGACGGCACAUAGAAUGUGAACCUGCAGAACCGACGAGAGCAGGUUCACACCUAAAGAGAUCCAGCGGACCUCAGAACCAGCAGAAGACCAAUAAAUGGAAACAGGAAGUAAAAGCACCUCCUGCACCUUCAGAGUGUCAGGAUCACAUAGAACUGGAUUAUUUUGGUCCAGUUCAGAGCAAAGAGACCCUGGAGAACCCAGAACUGAACCAAGCACAAAAAACACAAAAUAUUGAUGAAAAUAAAAUGAAACAGGAUUUUUUUUUUUGACAGAAAUUGAAGAUUAAAGAAAUGAUUUCAGUAGAGUUGAACCCAGAGGCCUAACUCUGAGCCACCAUGACGGUACCUUGGUUUCUGACUCUUUAAGGUAGCAGUUUGUCUCCAGUCUGAGCUGAAGCUACAUCUACUAGUCAUUGAUAUGAACACUGAUGGAGCAGAGGACCAAUGCUGCAAACAUGGUUUCUCCAUAGAAAUAGAAUACAAGUAGAACUAGUGCUUUAUCAGCGGGCCAUGAAGUGUUGUCUCGAUAAGAAGAGAGACCGCUCUGGAGACGGACGGCUGGCUAGUUAGCCAGCUAACGUUAGCUUGUCCUUCUCCAGAGUGAAGCUGCUGUUUGUCUCA